UUGGGUUUGAAUUUGAACUUGGCCUACUUGGAGUUCGGUGCCACCUGUCGAGGAGCUGUCUUAAGAGUUGCGUAUGUUUCAUGGCAAAUCUGAAGAUGGAGACGCGAUACAUUGUAACAAUUAUUGCAUUAUCUGCUGUUAUACUGUCAGCUGAAGCUGAUACUUUUUACAGUUUUGGCCAAGGUGUUUAUGAGCUGAAAGAAGGACAAGUGAUUGAUCUUGUCUGCAAAGUGGUGAAUCCAACUACAAAACCAAGUAUUCCAAUACUUGCUUGGCUUCCUGAUCAUGAAUACGUGAAGAAUUCCAGUUCAUUGACUGUUCUUUUUAAAACUAUAAAUGUGACAACAAUCCACGCAAUUCUGAAGUUCAAUCCAGUAAGCAUGAGCGACAUAAAGAAACACACCGCCAUUUUUUGUGGAAAGGCCCUAUUCACAUCUGGUGCUAGCGUUAGCCUUUCUGUUUUACCAAAAAAGAAUUUUGCCAAGGUGAACUUGACAAGCAAUGGCGUGUCGAAAUAUGGUGCUAAAAACAGCUUCAGCUGCUCUGGUACAGCAGCUAAAGAUGUGAAUAGCAAACUCCUUCUGAAAUGGUGGCAUUACAGGAAACAUGCCGGCAAUGGCAGUACCAUCGAAAUGACUGAUAAAGCAACAAAGCCGGUUAUAGAGACUGUUGGCAGUGAUGACGUCAUCAAAAGCAAACUCGAUGUUGUUAUAAGUGGUGGAACAGCCGGGACAUAUCAGUGUGACGUCAUAGUCCAGUGGCUUAACUCUUACGAGUACCACUUUAGACAGAAUGCCUCACUUCUAGUGCCAGUUCAUGUACUUAGGGGUGCUUCUACUGAUCAGAAGGUGAAGGUGUAUCUUAAAAAGGAGGCUAAACUUUCUUGUCAGGCGAUUGGUGACCCUGCAGCCAUUGUGACGUGGAAGAAGGACAAGAAAGCCAUCAAAGCCUCAUCUGAUGGACGCAUCAGCUUCUCCGACUACAACACUAGUGUCAACGGCAUCUUGACUAUUCGCCAUGCUCAAUUUAGUGACCGAGCUGUUUACACGUGCACUGCUGCUAAUAAUUUUUCAGCUGUAUCAAUGAAGUUCACCUUGAGAGUAAGAGAUCCUCUCGGUGCCCUGUGGCCAUUCCUUGGUAUCAUCAUUGAAGCCAUAAUUCUUGCUGUUAUUAUUAUUGUUUACGAGCGAUACAAGCCUGUGAAAGGCAAGAAAGGAUCAAAGGAAAAGAAGAAAUUAGAAACAUCACCCUUGCUGGCAGCUAACCAAGGAUCCGGCGUUGAGUAUACAGUUGGGGCAAGAGGGACAGAUGACACGGUAAAAAUGAUUCCAGAAGGGGAAGUUAAUGCCUGAAAAAUGGACUUUGACCGCUGAAAAACAUAGCAUAAUGUUUAAAACAGUAUUUACAACUUUUUUACCCAUCUUGCUGAUCAUCGUUGGACAAAAAAGUACAAAAUAUACCCUGAACAAUUUUCAUUUUUGAAAAAUAUUUGAGUAUCACGUUGGCAUCAAAACCCAUCAGCCAUUACUCAGCAACUGUUUGGUGAAUGUCGUUCACUGAAAGUUUGGAUUUGAUUGGAUGGUAAAAGUGUCAAUCAAACGUUGACUGCUGUUAUUUGAUUGGUUAAAGCUUGACAGUUACUUGUGACAGCCCUUUCCGGUUUCUUUAAUUUGCAUUCUUUGAAGCUUUCACAAUUUAGCCAGAUAAUGUUGAGUGUUAUUCCCUAAGACUCGUGGUUAGGUCCGUUGCUUUUCUUUAGAAAAAUGUGUGACUCCGUUGUUUGAUAUUGUUUUAUAAAUUAUUUGGUGUUAUUUUGUUAAUGCAUUAUUUCCCUUUGUCGCCAAUGAAAACAAUCAAUGUUCUUGCUACGCAUUGCUUCAAGUUUACAUUUGAAAAGCAAUUUUUAUGGCGAGCCUUGCACUUUUUGUCUUUUAUUAUGUGAUUCGUGUCAUGUUCGUAACUUAUCAAAGCGAAAUGUUGUAAAAUCGAAAUUUUGUGCUAGAAGUAAAAGUUGUUCAUCGGGACAAACAACAGCAAAUGUUGCAGUGUCUGUCACCCCCGUUCAUAUAAUCAAAUCGCACGGAUAUAACUCUUUUCAGUCAAUGGUGCCUCGACAUCUUAGACGGGGGUCACUCAGACAUUUCAACAGCAGCAGCUGUUUGCCUCCCUAACAACAAUUGAAUAAUUCCAGACAUAAGAUGCCUCUUUCGCAAACGAUGCACUGUUUUGUAAUUAUUUAAAAAAAAUUAAUGCACUACCGUGUCAUACAUUAUCUUUUAAAUUUAGUCUGAGUUGCCUUUUAUAAUAAACAACUUUUUGCUUGUUUGUUGUGUGUCAUUCCACCGUCCGCUAAACACCCUAUGGCAAAUUUUAGCUUCCAGAAAUUUUUCUUAAUUUCUAGUUCCAGAAUCACUUUUCUCAAAAGUUCCAGAUAAAACACCCACUAUAUCUAGCUACAUUCAUUUUGAUUGAAGAGGUUCUCUUAAAGUAUGCAUUCAGUUAGGCCAAAAAAGGCCUACUUCUAAGCUCUGAGAAUGAACACUGUUUAUCAGGAGACGGGGUGACAUUGAGUUUUUGAAAACUUCUGCUUUAGGCGUUGCUAGCUUCCCAGUGUCCGACUACGUUUUUUUAGAAUUAUUUACAAAACGCUAUUAAUGGUAGGAGUGUUUGAAUUGUCACUACGUAGAACCGGCAUUUAUUACCACUAUUAGCAGAAUUUAGGCCCAUUUUCCUCCGUAGAAAAUACGUGCAUUUUAGGCCCAUUUUCCUCAGUAGAAUAUGCGUGCAUUUUUAAAGACCCCGACCCCAUUAAAAAUAAAGCGGACAACUUUUUGUUGCGUCUUAUAGUAGCGUAAGCAAUGUUUUCGUUGCGUCUUAUAGUAGCGUAAGCAAUGUUUGCUAUGCUUAAAAUAUGUUACGUUAUCGCGCGUCCUUUUUUGUAGAUAUUUUAGAUAAUUGAAAAAAUCAGUGCUCAUAGACCUGCUCGUAUUUCGAAAGCUGGGAGAAGGUUCCGUUAUGAACCUUCCGGAUACGCCAGAUGUACCGUGCAUAUGAAACGUACCGGAAGCGGUCGAUUAUUGCCUUGAAAACGACUAUAGCGUAACUUGCAGGCUACCGAAAGCGCGGUGAAAGCUGAGACCGCCCAUUCCUUCUCUACCCUAACCAUCUUCUUGGUACAGUAAAAAUGAAACAGCCUAACGGGACAGUUUUGAAAUUUCAAAGUGUGAUCUCUUGCGAACCGCAACUGCACGAAAUUGACCCGGGACGGUGAAAACUGCCCAAUCUGCUGGCCGAGAUUUUGCAAACGGUCCUUGAUUUGCUUGGUAAAGAAUUAUUGCUUUUUAGAAUAAUCGAAGUUGUUUUGCUACUCGUGUUUAAUUGUCUUGGCUUACGAAACCGUUGAUUAAUUAGCUUUUAUUUGACUUAAAAUGCACCCGAUACUUUUUUCGUCGAGUUUUUUUUUGAAUUAAUUUUACUUUUAUAGAUUAUAAACUAAAUAUUCAAUACGCAAAGAUAAUCCUAGUAACAGCUCACGUCUGUUUACGUUAAUACAUAUAUUUCACUUAUGAAUAUAUUAUUGAUGCAAAA